AUGGGUCCCAAAUUUGAUCCAACAGCCGUUUAUGAAAUUAUGGUUCGUGUCACCGGCGGUGAAGCACCGGGUGGUUCAUCAUUAGCUCCCAAAAUCGGUCCUCUUGGUCUAUCACCAAAAAAAGUAGGCGAUGAUAUUGCUAAAGCAACUGGUGAUUGGAAAGGCAUGCGUGUAACAGUAAAAUUAACUGUUCAAAAUCGUAAUGCUAAAAUUGAUGUUAUUCCAUCAGCGUCAUCACUUGUUAUUAAAGCACUUAAAGAACCACCACGUGAUCGUAAAAAACAAAAGAAUAUUAAACAUGAUGGUAAUGUUUCACUAGAUGAAAUAUUUAAAAUUGCUCGAGUUAUGCGACCACGUUCAUUAGCUAAAACAUUUGAUGGAACUGUCAAAGAGAUACUUGGCACAGCACAAUCUGUUGGUUGCAAAGUAGAAGGUUCUCAUCCACAUGAUGUUAUUAAUCAAAUAAAUAAUGGUCAAGUUGAUGUACCACGAGAGUAA